AUGAGCGGGAGGCCGGAGCCUGCGCUGGGCCAGGCCGGGGAGGCCGGCAGCGGCGGCAGCAGCAUCCAGGCUCUGGUCCAGGGGCGCGAGGGCCCCGCCGCCUGCAGCAGACUGCCUCGCUCAUGGAAGAUCGUCCUCAGUGUGGCGUUCGCCUUCACUGUCCUCCUCGUUGGGUUCCACAGCCACGUGUGGCCCAGAGAACACUCUUCCCAGAAGCCCCGGCGGCUCUACACCGUGAUCACGGAGUACGGCUCCCGGCUCUCCAACUACCAGGCCCAGCGGCGGAUGCCGAAGGCGCAGCGGGAGCUCUUCAGGAAAGAGAGCCAGACUUUGGAAAGCAACUUGCGUGAAAUCCUGCUCUUAAUGGAGCAAAUCGACGUUCUGAAGGCGUUGCUCAGAGACACGCGGGCCGGGCUGCACAAUCACAGCAGGAGCCCGGAGGGCGACCCCGAGGAGGCCCCGGGCCAGGCGGAGGUCAUGGACAAGGAAAUGUCGAACUUGGUGAAUUAUGUACUUAAGAAGCUGAGAGAAGACCAAGUGCAGAUGGCGGAUUAUGCCCUGAAGUCAGCCGGCGCCUCCAUCAUUGAAGCCCGGACCUCGGAAAGUUAUAAAAGUGAUAAAGCAAAACUGUACUGGCAUGGGAUCGGGUUCUUAAAUUAUGAAAUGCCUCCAGACAGCAUCCUUCAGCCGGAUGUUCACCCCGGAAGGUGCUGGGCCUUCCCAGGUUCCCAGGGCCACGCCCUGAUCAAGCUCGCCGGGAAGAUCAUUCCCACCGCCGUGACCAUGGAGCACAUCUCCGAGAAGGUGUCUCCCUCGGGGAGCAUCUCCAGCGCCCCCAAGGAGUUUUCUGUCCACGGCAUCUCAGAAGAGUGUGAAGGAGAAGAGAUCGCCCUGGGUCAGUUUGUGUAUAACAAAACCGGAACCACCGUACAGACAUUUCAGCUGCAGCAUGUAGUGUCUGAGCCCUUAUUAUGUGUGAAACUUACAAUCCUCAGCAACUGGGGACAUACGAAGUACACGUGCUUAUACAGAUUCAGGGUCCACGGCAGCCCCGAGGGCCACAGCUAGAGGUCUGCUGCCGACGGCCAUGACCACGAGUCAGAAUACUCGUGUUCUUCCUUCCUUAGACUUACUGCACUCGUAGGAAUCGAAUAGUGGGUUCAAACUUGCCAGUAAAAAGUGAAUGAAUUUUACUAAUAAAAACUGUCAAAGUGG